AUGGAUCGUAGUUGGAUGAGAGCUAAUCGAUUAAGUGAUGAGUACGAACAUGGGGUGAUGGAAUUUCUAGAGUUUGCUGAAAGUAAUGCUAAAAAAGAUAUUCCUCCUCCUAAAAGUAAUGCUGAAGAUAGUCACCCUACGCUAUUUUUCUGUCCAUGUGUUCGUUGUGCAAAUAAAGAACCAAAACUUAGUAAGAAAAAAAUCAUGGAUCAUCUAAUUUGUGAAGGGAUUUGUCAAAACUAUACAAAAUGGAUAUGGCACGGGGAAGUGGUAGAAAAUUCAAAUGUGUCCCAAAGAGAUAAUGUUAGUGUAGAAAUGGAUGAUCGUCUGGAAGACAUGAUGUGUGAUAUUGGACAAGAUUCGUUUAAGAGGGCACAUGCGUAUGAUAGUUUAUGCAAUGACAAGGAUACACCUUUGUACCCGGGAUGCACAAAUUUUACACGUUUGUCAGCCGUGUUAAAAUUGUUUAAUCUGAAGGCAAUUAACGGGUGGACCGACAAAAGUUUUACCGAAUUGCUUGAACUAUUGACGCAAAUGCUUCCAGAAGGUAACGUACUGCCAAGUCGUUAUUACGAGGCGAAGAAAAUACUGUGUCCGAUGGGUUUGGAGUAUGAAAAGAUACAUGCAUGUCCUAAUGAUUGCAUAUUAUACAGAAAAGAGUAUGUAAACUAUAACCAUUGUCCGAAGUGCAAGGCGUCACGCUACAAAAAGAGACAUGGUGAAUCUAGUGAUGAUGAUGAGGUCAAAAAGGGUCCUCCCGCGAAAGUGGUAUGGUACCUACCAAUAAUUUCAAGGUUCAAGAGAUUAUUCGCUAAUGCAAACGAUGCAAAGAAUCUUAGAUGGCAUGCAGAAGAAAGAAAAUGUGAUGGACAAAUCCGCCAUGUAGCUGAUUCUUUGCAAUGGAAGAAAAUAGAUUCUUUGUUUCCAAAUUUUGGCAAAGAGUCGAGAAACCUUAGACUUAGACUUUCUACUGAUGGAAUGAAUCCGUUUGGUAAUCUAAAUACUAACCAUACUUCUUGGCCAGUUCUUCUGAUGAUUUACAACCUAUCUCCUAGGUUGUGCAUGAAGCGUAAAUAUGUGAUGUUAUCCAUGAUGAUUUCGGGCCCAAAACAACCAGGAAACGACAUAGAUGUUUAUCUAAGUCCACUGAUCGAUGAUUUAAAAGUGUUGUGGGAGGAAGGGGUGGAUGUUUUCGAUGCGCAUUCUGGUGAACAGUUCAAUAUGCGUGCCAUGUUGUUUUGCACCAUCAACGAUUUUCCGGCAUAUGGCAAUUUGUCUGGGUAUAAAGUUAAAGGGCAUAAAGCGUGUCCUAUAUGUGAAAAAGACACAUGUUACCAUCAGCUUGAAAAAGGAAAGAAGACUGUUUAUCUCGGGCAUCGAAAAUUUCUAAAUCGUUAUCAUCCAUAUCGUAGAUUGCGGAAAGCUUUCAAUGGGGAACAAGAGUAUGGUGUUGCUCCAAAGCCCUUAACUGGAGAGGAAGUUUAUCAACGACAAUAG